AUGGCUUCAAGACUGGUGGUUCAACAGGAAAAUAGAGUAGGCGAGGCAUUACCUGGAGGCGUUAAGCAGAAGAACAUGGCAGCAGAAAGAAAGAAUCGUCCUGCACUUACCAAUAUUGGGAAUCGGGUUACGAUUCCUGGGGUUGAGGGCAAGCCAGUUCCAAAAGUCUCCCGCCCCGUUACAAGGAGCUUUCGCGCACAAUUGCUUGCUAAUGCACAGGCUGCAGCAGCUGAGAACAAGAAGAAUGCUUUGAUAGCAAAUGGAGCUCUACCUAAUCAGAAGGCUAUGGGGAGGAAGGAAGCUCAGAAGAAAGCCACUGUCAAACCGAGAAAGCCUGAGGAGAUUGUCGAAAUUAGUCCUGAUACAGAAGAAAUUGUUGAGAAAGAUGAAGCUCAGAAGAAAGCAACCGUCAAACCGAAAAAACCCGAUGACACUAUCGACAUUAGUCCUGAUACUGCAGAAGUUGUUAAGAAAGACGAGCUGGUGAAACAGAAAAAGGUUGGAGAAGGGUCGUUGAAGAAAAAAGCUCCAACUCUGACUUCAACUCUCACCGCGAGAAGCAAGGCUGCUUGUGGUCUGAUUUCAUUUCUGGAUCACAAAAUUAAUGGAGAAUCUCUCAGCAGCUUGAACGAAUCAGCUUCUGUAGUUAACAGAUCCUCCAAGACCAGCAAAUUCAAAGCUGCUUUCUCCAUAAACUGCGAAGUUCGGAUCAAGGUUCUUCCCAGCAAAAUAAGAAUGCAAAACAAAAUAAAGGUGGAAGAAGCAGGAACAGAUAAAGAGGUAUCUCAUCGGCUUGAAUAG